AUGCAUAUUGUGUCAAGAUUGGCCGCUUCUUGCCGACUGGCAGCCGUGGGGGUUGCUCUCCUGACCCCCCUGGUGCACGCCAGUCCGUCGGUCAAUGUUGCUCUGCAAGCUUCUUUUGAUUCACCCCAGUAUUUGGUUGAGCUUUUAGAAACUGCCGCUGAAGAGAACUCAACCGCCUACUUCCCCCUGCUUGACCGCAUUGCCGACGGCGCGUUCGACGACACUAUUACCGAUAAGGAACUCUAUGAUCGAUUUCUACAGAUCGUUUCCGGGGAUGGUCAUCUCCGGACUCCGGAAAGCCUAUCGUCAUUCAAGGUGUCUCUGGCGAUCCGGUCGGCGACUCCCCGAAUCGCUGCGCAUUACCAGUACUAUAAUGCUUCGGUCCAGCAGACGUUGAUGGCGGCGCAGGAUGCUGCCUGUCCAGUCUGGGUACAUACCGAUGGGAAGCAAUACUGUUCUUCGGCUAUGGAGCGCGCGCAACAGGAUGUCUCGGGUGAAUUGGAUCCGCGCGAGCUCCCGUUUGAUAGGGUUCUGGGCGAUUUGGCUCUUCCGCCUGCAGUGCUCUACGCAGAUGUGUCUUCUCCGAUGUUCAAGGACUUCCACCUGGCGCUGAGCGCCCUCGCGAAGGAAGGCCAGAUUUCGUAUCGUAUUCGCUACCGCCCUUCCCAACACAGGAGCCCUCGUCCGCUUUUCGUCUCCGGAUAUGGUGUCGAGCUCGCGUUGAAACGGACUGAUUAUAUAGUCAUUGAUGACCGGGAUGCCGAGCAGCGAGAGGGUAAACUCAGCAAUGCGGAUGGGGAUGCGCCGGACGACCUUAAACCACUUUCCGCGUCAGAAGUAUCGCGCUUGGGGGUGAACACUGUUAGCUAUGUCAUGGAUAGCGACAGUCCUCUUGACACCCUCAUCAAGCUUUCUCAGGAUUUCCCGAAAUAUUCCGCGAAUGUGGCAGCCCACGAUGCGAGCCCCGAGCUCUUGCAAGAUAUCCGCUCGAGCCGGCUCCAGCUGCUCCCUCCGGGGACCAAUGUUAUGUGGAUCAAUGGUGUCCAAGUGGAUCCUCGCGAAAUCGAUGCCUUCUCUCUCCUCGACACUCUACGCCGUGAAAGGAAACUCAUCGAAAAGUUCAGAGAUCUGGGCAUCUCUGCGACAGAAGCAGUGGACCUCCUGUCGCACGAGUACCUCGGCGAGGCGCUGGCCCAGGAUGCGCCCCCGCGUUACAACUACCGGGAUGAGAUUGAAGGAGGCCGCGUUAUCAUCUGGAUGAACGAUGUAGAGAAGGAUGCCAGAUACGAACAGUGGCCCAGCUCAGUCAGAGCGUAUCUGCAACGCAGCUAUCCGGGCCAGCUCCCGGCCGUGCGCCGCAAUGCGAACAACAUCGUGAUUCCUGUGGACUUGUCUAGCAUGGAGGGCGUGCAAGUGGUUAUCAACAACAUUAAGAUCUUUGUCCAGAAUAAUAUUCCUGUCAGAUUUGGACUCGUUCCCGUUGCUUCCUCGCCUGGAUCCUCAGCACAGUUGAAAGUGGCACACUAUCUGCAGGAAACGUUUGGUCUGGCGAGUCUUAUGCAAUUUCUGGAAGAGACUGCUGCCAAGAAGAGUGCAGCAUCGCCAGAUAAAGCCUGCUUUGAGGCUGCUACACAGGACCGAACCGCGCGGGCCGAUAGGCAGGUCCUGACCUUUGAGGAAGUACUCAAGGACAAGGACCUCGACGCCCUUGUGGCCCGAACGGCGGAUUACCAGAAACGGCUCGGAAUUGAGGGCAAGAAACCACCUAUCUUGGUAAAUGGAGCUCCCGUCUCCAGCGGGGAGAGUUGGAUGCAGGAGAUGAGUGUCGCGAUUAGCAAGGAUAUACAGACGAUCCAACAGGGCGUCGCUGAGGGUGUCAUCGACGACGAUACCGUGAUCUACGAGCACCUCCUUGCUGGGGCUUUCGACCGGCGGACUUCUUGGGUUGUGCCUGAAGACCCCAAAGAUAUCCAGGUUGUGGACAUUGCCACGGUUUCGGAUUCUAGGGAGGAGGUUCUACGCGAAUUGCCGCAUAUUGCGUCGCAAAGCGAUAAUGCCCUUGACAGUCUCCAUUUACUUGUUGUCGGUGAUUUUGAUUCCGGGAAUGGCCAAGCUCUCUUGACUGCUGCCCUCGAAAGCCGGGGAAAGCACCCCGAAGUAGAGGUCCUCUUCCUUCAUAACCCUACCACGCAUGGUUCCAGCACAGGUGCAUCCGCAGCACUCUAUAGAUCUCUGAAAGGAGACAAGAAAGGAGAUGCUACCCAAGUCCUCGUUGACUUGGCAUCUUAUGAUGGUGCAAAGGCUCCUGAGAUUGCUCAAUUCUGGGAGGCGCAACAGUCUUUGGCCAAAGACCUUGGCUUUGCCCCUGGUGCACGGGGGGUUGUCAUCAACGGGAGGACGGUUGGACCUAUCCAGGAAAAUGUAGCUGUCUUCCUCGAUGACUUAGAUCAGCUCUUUGCAUACGAGCAGAAGAAACGCAUUGACCCGGUUGCAAAGGCUGUCAAGGAGCUCGGAUUUGGAUCAAAGCUCUCCGGACCGCUUGCUUUUGCCAAGCUCACUUCGCUUACAACCCUCUCGACUAUCUCGGAUGUUCCCGAAGGAAUCUCCCAACCCAUGUCGGAAGUCCGGUUGAACCUGUUUGGCAAAUGGGAGGACUCUCGCUCGACGAUCACCGUUUCAAGCUCUGAAGAUCCGGCCAUCACCAUUGUCGCUUCGAUCGACCCUACUUCGGAAGUGGCUCAGAGAUGGCUGCCGAUUUUGAAGGUCCUUUCGGAACUGGCAAGCGUUAGACUGAGGUUGUUCUUGAACCCGCGCGAACAGAUCAGCGAGCUCCCAACCAAGCGUUUCUACCGAUAUGUACUCGACUCCGAGCCUUCUUUCGACGAUGACGGGGCCCUGUCCAGACCGACCGCGUCCUUCUCGGGCGUACCAAUUGAUGCCCUUCUUACCUUGGGAAUGGACGUCCCAUCCCCGUGGCUGGUGGCUCCCAAGGAGUCUAUACAUGAUCUUGAUAACAUCAAGCUGAGCUCCGUGAGAGAUGGCGCAGACGUCGAUGCCAUUUAUGCCUUGGAGCAUAUCCUCAUCGAGGGUCAUUCCCGGGAUACAACCAUUAGAUCGCCUCCAAGCGGGGUGCAGCUGGUUCUUGGAACCGAUGACAACCCUCAUUUUGCCGACACGAUCAUCAUGGCCAACCUGGGCUACUUCCAGUUCAAGGCUCAGCCCGGACUGUGGAAGAUCGAUCUCAAGCCGGGACGCAGCGAGCGCAUCUACAAUAUCGACAGCGUUGGAAGCUUGGGCUAUAGCCCACAACCGGGCGAUGAGAAUACCGAAGUCGCGCUCCUCUCCUUCCAAGGCAAGACGCUUUUCCCGCGUCUGUCGCGCAAGAAAGGCCAAGAGAAUGAAGAUGUCCUUGAGACUGGGCCGCAGCCGGGUACGGCCAUGGACUACGUGUCCAAAGGACUGAACUUUGCCUCCGGCAUACUUUCUAGCGUCGGUGUCGGCUCCAAGGGUGAAGAGAAGCACGCCGACAUCAAUAUCUUUUCCGUUGCCAGCGGCCAUCUGUACGAGCGCAUGUUGAACAUUAUGAUGGUGUCGGUCAUGCGCAACACCAACCACUCCGUCAAGUUCUGGUUCAUCGAGCAGUUCCUGUCGCCAUCAUUCAAAUCUUUCCUCCCCCACCUGGCAAAGGAAUACGGCUUCUCGUACGAGAUGGUCACAUAUAAAUGGCCACACUGGCUGCGCGCCCAGAGUGAGAAGCAGCGCCAGAUCUGGGGCUACAAGAUCCUAUUCCUGGACGUGCUCUUCCCCCUCUCGCUAGACAAGGUCAUCUUCGUCGACGCAGACCAGAUCGUCCGCACAGACAUGUAUGACCUCGUCACCAUGGACCUCGAAGGCGCGCCCUACGGCUUCACCCCCAUGUGCGACUCGCGCGAGGAGAUGGAAGGCUUCCGCUUCUGGAAGCAGGGCUACUGGAAGAACUUCCUCCGCAGCCAGCCGUACCACAUCUCAGCCCUCUACGUCGUCGAUCUGAACCGCUUCCGCGCUCUCGCUGCCGGAGACCGCCUUCGCGGCCAGUACCAGAUGCUCUCGGCUGACAAGAACAGUCUGAGUAACCUGGACCAGGACCUUCCCAACCACAUGCAGCACCAAAUCCCGAUUAAGAGCCUCCCGCAGGAGUGGCUGUGGUGUGAGACUUGGUGCUCUGAUGCUUCCCUCACCCAGGCCCGCACUAUCGAUCUCUGCAAUAACCCGCAGACGAAGGAACCGAAGCUGGACCGUGCGCGCAGGCAGGUGCCUGAGUGGACGGAGUAUGAUGAGGAAAUUGCGGCGUUGUCGAAGAAGGUUGCGCUGGAACAGGAGGUGCUGCAGAAGGAGCAGGAGCAGAUGCAUGGGGAGGAGGAAGAUGAGGAUGAUGAUUCGGGGUGGGAUAAAGAUGAACUGUAG